GCUCGCGGCGUCAGCGUACUGCUUCAUUCAAUCCUCGUCGCCUCUGCCUGCUGUCGAGAGGGAGUUGGAUGGGUCCUCUGGUGCUGGCGUCUCAGUUGGCCGCCGGCCUGGGCGUGCUGGCCGGUGCGGCGAUCGUGAAGUCGGCGAUGGAGAGUGGCCCGAUGGCCGGCGGGUUGCCACGGUGCGCGACGUGCAACGGGACGGGCCGCGUCGCGUGCCUGUGCUCCAGGUGGUCCGACGGGGACGUCGGGUGCCGGUCCUGCGUCGGCUCCGGCAUGAUGCUGUGCCGGAGCUGCGGUGGGUCGGGGUCCGGCCGGCCGCUCCCGAUUCAUGUUCCGAUGCGGUCCACCCGCUCUCCAUGACAUGAGAGAUGAGCACCAUGUGUUUGUAUAUAUGACCUGAAUUAUUGAUGAUGGUGACUCGGUGCCUAUAAUUUUGUAUUUUGUAUUUUGUAUUUUUUUUUCCAUUUCACACAUCUUUUUUAUUACUCUCUAUGUGACUGAUACAUUCAACAAUAUAAUUUAAUGGGAAAAAUAUGCUAAACUUAUGAGUAA